CCUCUUCUAACUUGACCGGAGCUGUAAUAGAGCAUCGUUGCCACGCCGUUUCCCCGCCGGAAGAAUGGAUUUGGAGUCGUUCGUUGAAGUCCAGCCGGACUCUCACUUCCCGAUCCAGAAUCUUCCAUAUGGCGUCUUCAAGCCUGAAUCGGGUUCGGAGGCCAGACCGGGCGUGGCCAUCGGCGACUACGUCUUGGAUCUCUCCGUCAUCGCUUCAGCUGGCCUCUUUGAUGGUCCGCUUCUCAACGGUUCCGAUUGCUUCAAUCAGCCGAAUCUUAACAAGUUCUUGGCUAUGGGACGUCCUGCAUGGAAGGAAGCUCGUGCAACAAUUCAAAAGCUUCUAUCUUCUACAGAACCAACAUUACGUGAUAAUGAAGUUCUGAGACAGAAGUCACUUCUACCCAUGGACAACGUCAAAAUGCUUCUUCCUAUUGCCGUAGGGGAUUAUACAGAUUUCUUUGCAUCUAUGCAUCAUGCAAAAAAUUGUGGGACGAUGUUUCUUAAAACAAAAAAUCCAAUUCCACCAAACUGGUUUCAUCUUCCAAUUGGGUAUCAUGGACGAGCAUCAUCUGUUGUUAUUUCUGGAACUGAAAUUGUUAGACCAAGAGGUCAAGGUCGUCCUUCUGGCAAUACUCCACCAUAUUUCGGACCUUCACAGAAGCUGGACUUUGAACUUGAAAUGGCUGCUGUAGUUGGUCCAGGAAAUGAAUUGGGGAAGCCUAUAGACAUCAGUGAGGCUGGAGAUCAUAUUUUUGGUGUUGUGUUGAUGAAUGACUGGAGUGCUAGAGAUAUACAGUCAUGGGAAAUUGUGCCUCUUGGGCCUUUCCUUGGGAAAAGUUUUGGUACGACAAUAUCCCCUUGGAUAGUCACCUUAGAUGCUCUUGAACCCUUUACUUGUGAUGCUCCCAAACAGGAUCCUCAUCCAUUGCCAUAUCUUGUUGAAAAGAUAUCAAAGAACUAUGACAUCCAGUUGGAGGUUCGGAUUAAACCUGUUGGAGAAGAUCAUUCAUAUGUUGUCACAAGGAGUAACUUCAAACACUUAUAUUGGACACUGACUCAACAACUUGCACAUCAUACCGUUAACGGUUGCAACUUGAGGCCCGGUGACCUCCUCGGGACUGGGACAAUAAGCGGACCUGAACCUGAAUCUUAUGGAUGCUUGCUGGAAUUAACAUGGAAUGGAGAAAAAUCGCUCUCAUUAGGUGGAAAAACUCGGAUGUUUCUAGAAGAUGGAGAUGAAGUCAUCUUUACAGGAUGCAGCAAGGGGAAUGGCUUCAAUGUUGGAUUUGGGACAUGCUCUGGGAAGAUUCUUCCGUCGUCACAUUAACAAGCAUUAAUUGUCCUCUUGUCCUUCCUGCUUUGAUUCCCAUUGGGGCUCAUUGUCGUCUCCAUGAUUCCCCGGUCAUUGAUUCCCAGAUAUUUUUCGGUUAAAUUCUCGAGUGUGGUCAUAAAGCACUUCUACUGCGAGUUGGGUGUGCUUCCAGUCUUCAUCAUGCUACUUGUGAAUCAUUUUCAACCCUCUGAUUGAGAAAAUAAUGAGACUAAUUUUGGAAAGUGACAGAGAAA